UUCACACUGGAGCUCUGUCCGGCCAGCGGCAGACGGGAUGUCCUACUAACUAACUCCACCAAAACUUUCUAGAAACUCAGUCAACAGAAAAAAACAAACACUGACUGACUGACAAAAGUGUCGCAACUCGCCUCACUUCUCCUUUAAUGAAACUUUUAACUACUUGUGUGUUUUCGUUUUUAACUGAAACAGGCACAGUCUGCACAUCCACUUUGAUCCCUUUUUUGAAUGAGCCGGGUCACGCUUGCGUAGAGAGCUUUUUUCUUUUCUCGAGUUUUUCUUUUCUUUACUUCAAUAUUUUUUUUUUACGUUGGGAUAAAGUUUCUCUUUAUCAUUUAAGACUCGUGAUGGCUGUCCUGUCACUAGCGUUACUACUUUUAGGAUUUGUAUUGACUUCAGCUGACAAGGCUGGUGAAGUAGAUAGAGAGGACCAGCUGAGGAGCCGGCUGAAGGAAUAUGGCCUCGUCACUCCCUUCAGCACCGACUCUCAUGGACACUACCUGUCACACCUGCUCUCUGCUACUCACAAGCAGCGAGUCAAGAGGGAAGUGUUUUCAUCUGGUGAAUCUGAACAGAAACUUUUCUUCAACAUCUCUGCAUUUGGGAAGGAGUUCCACCUCCGUCUGCGUCCAAACAACAAGCUGGUGGCGCCAGGUGCUAUGGUGGAGUGGCACGAUGAGGUCGAAGACUUCAGGAACGUCAGUGUCAGCGCUGGUGGUGAUGCCAGUAAAGGCGCCAACCAGACUGAACCCACCACUGGGACGGAGAGGAUACUGCGACGUGAGCUGCUAAAGACAGACUGCACAUUUAUCGGUGACAUCACAGACGUCCCCGGGGCUGCGGUUGCCAUUAACAACUGUGACGGACUGGCUGGAAUGAUCCGCACUGACUCAGAUGAAUACUUCAUUGAGCCGCUGGAGAGAGGCACUCAGGAGCUGGAGGACCAGGGCAGGGUCCACGUGGUUUAUCGCAGGUCGGCUCUGCUGCAGGCCUCCUCCGACAUCUCUGUGGACUACCAGCUACAUGAGCCAGACCUGGAUGUACCCGGUACUCUCGACUCAGUUGCCCACCAGGUCAAUGAGACGAUCCGCCGCCGUCGGCGAGAUGCCGGUGAGGACGAUUACAACAUUGAAAUCCUGCUGGGGGUUGAUGACUCGGUGGUUCGAUUUCACGGCAAGGAGCAUGUGCAGAAUUACCUCCUCACUCUAAUGAAUAUUGUCAAUGAGAUUUACCAUGACGAGUCACUGGGAGUCCAUGUCAAUGUGGUCCUGGUGAGGAUGAUCAUGCUGGGAUAUGCAAAGUCCAUCAGCCUCAUUGAAAGAGGAAACCCAUCACGGAGCCUGGAGAACGUGUGCCGCUGGGCAUUUGUGCAACAGAAAGGUGACCCUGAUCACGCUGAACACCACGACCAUGCAAUUUUCCUCACUCGCCAAGGCUUUGGCCCCACGGGGAUGCAGGGUUAUGCACCAGUCACAGGGAUGUGCCACCCAGUCCGGAGCUGCACCCUCAACCAUGAAGACGGCUUCUCCUCAGCCUUCGUUGUGGCUCAUGAGACCGGACAUGUGUUGGGCAUGGAGCACGACGGCCAAGGAAACCGCUGUGGGGACGAAACGGCGAUGGGAAGUGUGAUGGCUCCUUUGGUGCAGGCGGCCUUCCAUCGAUACCACUGGUCCAUGUGCAGCGGACAGGAGCUGAAGAGAUACAUCCACACAUACGACUGUCUCUUGGAUGACCCCUUCAAACAUGACUGGCCACAGCUUCCUGAACUUCCUGGCAUCAACUACUCGAUGGAUGAGCAGUGUCGGUUUGACUUUGGAGUGGGCUAUAAAAUCUGCACUUCAUUUCGCACAUUUGACCCAUGUAAACAGCUGUGGUGCAGUCACCCUGACAACCCUUACUUCUGCAAAACCAAGAAGGGGCCACCUCUCGAUGGAACGGAGUGUGCUCCUGGAAAAUGGUGCUACAAAGGUCACUGCAUGUGGAAGAACCCUAAUCAGGUCAAGCAAGACGGUGCCUGGGGCUCCUGGAGCAAAUAUGGCUCCUGUUCACGCUCCUGUGGAACUGGAGUUCGCUUUCGGACACGUCAGUGCAACAACCCAGCACCCUCCAACGGUGGCCAGGACUGCCCAGGAGUAAACUACGAGUAUCAGCUGUGCAACACUGACGAUUGCCCCAAGCACUUCGAAGAUUUCAGAGCUCAGCAGUGCCAGCUCCGCAAUUCCCACUUUGAGUUCCAAAAUGCCAAACACCAUUGGCUGCCCUACGAGCAUCCCGACGCCAACAAGAGAUGCCACUUGUAUUGCCAGUCAAAGGAGACCGGAGACGUGGCAUACAUGAAGCAGCUGGUGCAUGAUGGGACACGAUGCUCCUACAAAGAUGCCUACAGUAUCUGCGUGCGUGGAGAAUGUGUGAAAGUUGGCUGUGACAGAGAGAUUGGCUCUAACAAAGUUGAGGACAAAUGUGGUGUUUGUGGUGGGGACAACUCCCACUGCCGCACCGUUAAAGGAACCUUCACCCGAACACCAAAGAAAGCUGGGAAACAGUUAAGCAAGAGAGCCCAAAAAGAAACCCCUUUGUUGGAAAACACAAUAUGUUACCUUAAGAUGUUUCUCAUUCCUCCUGGAGCUAGACAUGUGAUCAUCCAAGAACAUGAGGCCUCCCCUCAAAUUCUUGCAAUCAAGAACCAGGCAACGGGGCAUUACAUUCUCAACGGAAAAGGAGAGGACGUCAAGACUAGAAGCUUCAUUGACUUGGGUGUGGAGUGGCACUACAUCAUCGAGGAAGACAUGGAGACGCUGCACACUGAUGGACCUCUGCAUGACCCCGUUGUGGUUCUGAUUAUACCCAAGGAUAAUGAAACACGGUCCACUUUAAUGUACAAGUACAUCAUCCAUGAAGAUUCAGUUCCUGUCAACAACAACAAUGUAAUCCAGGAGGAAACAUAUGAGUGGGCUCUCAAGAGCUGGUCUCCAUGUUCCAAACCUUGUUCCGCAGGGUUUCAGUACACUAAGUAUGGAUGUCGAAAGAAAGGAGACACCAAGAUGGUCCAUCGAGGCUACUGCGACGCCAGCAAGAAGCCAAAACCCAUCCGCAGAAUGUGUAAUCUUCAGGACUGCACACAGCCUCAAUGGAUCUCAGAGGAAUGGGAGCAUUGUACCAAAACCUGUGGCAGCCUGGGCUUUCAGAUCCGGACUGUUCGCUGCGUGCAGUUUCUCCACGAUGGCACCAACCGCUCCGUCCACAGCAAGUACUGCAGUGGGGAGAAGCCAGAGAGCCGGAGGCCCUGCAACAGAAUCUCAUGUCCUGCUCAGUGGAGGAAUGGAGCGUGGUCAGAGUGUUCUGUGACCUGUGGAGAAGGGAUGGAGAGACGUCUGGUCACUUGCCGGAUUGGAGAUCAAUGUAGCGGAGAAAAACCCGAAACUGUGAGACCCUGCAGACCAGGACCCUGCCACGAUGAGCCAUGUAAUGGAGACAAAUCCAUCUUCUGCCAAAUGGAGGUCCUAGCACGAUACUGCUCCAUUCCAGGCUACAACAAACUAUGCUGCGACUCCUGCAGCAAGCGCAGCGGAGCUCUGUCUCUGUUUACAGAGGCGAUUGAGACGGAGGAGCAUGUUCGCUUUGGAUCAGCCUCCCAGCUGCUAGAGACAUUAACGGCCUCUGUCGCAGCCAACGGCACUCGCAGUGGUAAACAAGGCUCAGGCAAAGGAUCCACAGGCAAUGCUGCAAAACACGUUACCACCCCUGCCCCGCUUAAGAAAACCCAAUCAAAGAUCACUGCAGCACCAAGGCGGGUUCCCCGACACAUGGGUCUCAGUGGCAGGAAGCUGACCGCUCUGGCACCAUCCAGCCUGGUGGAUCCUACUGAGGGUCAAAGGUUAAGCAGCUUGACAGAUAGUCGGCCUACAUCAUAUUCUGAAGUGGAGAGAUGAAAGUGACGUCCUUCCCUUCAGGACUCAAAAUGUACAGUAGAUAAUCCAGCUUCAUCCUGAGUCUUCUUACGCCAAAAAACACCACAGAGAGAAACAGAGAAAUAAAUUAAAGUGCUGGUUCACUUUGUUGUUAAGAAUUUCCCUUCCCUUUUGCCCCUGAAAUUGACUUCUAAAAUGACUUUGACAUCUUCUGGAGAGCUUCCAGAGUAUUUGGACUUAAACAGCCAUGUUGCUUUGCUUUCACACUUAAUAUUGAGAGGAGACAAUAAUACAAUAAUUUACAGGUCCGAAGGGAAUUUUUAUCCAUGUCAAAUGAAAAACUGAAUAAAACGCAGCUGUGGUAGUUCAUAGUGAAUCAUUUUAGGGAAACAAAAUAGCCAAAGCAUGGAUACAUGAAUUGAAGAACCAUCUGUUUAGCUACACUUGCUCCCAAUAUAAAAUAUCUCUGUAGAGAUUAAAAAGAAACGGUUGCUUAAUUCCAACUAAACUCUUAACUUUUUGACACAAUGAGUCUUGAAGCUUUCUUUGAUGUCACCUACAGUGUCAAAACCGAGGUUGCAGGUGCAGGAAUGUGUCUGUAUGUCCCCUGUAAUUAGUCUUUUCUCUCGUCUGGUCAUUUAAUGAAUCAGGCCCCUGGUGUCUGCAAAGUGUCACAGCAGUUCCCCCCCCCAAACGCUCAGCAGACAGCGAGAGAGAAAAUGUCAAAAGGUGUGUCAUUAUAGCUCAUUCAAUUUGAAAAUUCAUGCAGUUUUUAAUCCUGAUGCAGCUGAAAAUCCCUUUUUACUUGAAUGUUACAAAUUGCCAUUUUCUUGCCAAAAAAUGAAAGCUUGACAUGAAAAUACCAGUAUUAUUUUAAUAAGCUGAGGAUACUUUCAAAGACCCUUUUAAUCAAUUAAAUAACAAAGAUUAUUCCUAAUGUUUACUUUGUCAGCAGCAAUGUACAUUUACAGUGCACUGUUCCACUCUAAAGGCUGGUGCUAGGUUCAGCUCAUAAAAAAGUAGUUUGAAAUACACUUAUUUGCAGAGAGUUAGAUAAGACGAUUGAUACAACUUUCAUACCUGUACUGUAAAUAUAAAGCUUCAGCCAGGAGAACGUUAGCAAGUGUAGUAAAUUUAGCAGGUAGAAACAGCUAGCCUGGUUUAAUAAUUAGGAUUACCAAUACCGCUGAAGUUCACAAACUAAUGUUAUAUCUUUUUUUGUUUAAACCAUACAAAAUUGAAGUAUAAAAACAAGACAAACAGAUUUUGUUCCCUUUGGACAGUCAGGCUAGCUGUUCUGCCUGUUUCUAGGUGCUGCACUGUGCUAAACUAACUGUCCCCUGGCUUUCAUGUUUAAUGUGCAGACAUGAGAGUGGUAUCAUUCUUCAAAAAUGAAAGCAAAUAAACACAUUUCCCUAAAUGUGAAACUAUUCCUUUAAGAAGCAUCCUAUACAAGUUACUUCAUCCCAGCCUUUACCUUUUUCUUUAAUCAAAAGUUUGUAUGGUGCUAGCCAUUGACCAUUUGGACUCUUUGUAUUGCCCUCCUUGUCAAAGUUGUUGCUCAGAAAGGUUGAAGGUCAAAGAAGGGAACUGUUAGGGAAGUGUUACGUGUUAAAUUAUAUACAGCCAGCUCUUGUUCAGCUUGUACAGACUAAAACACGUGAACAUUUUACCAUGCAACUGACAUAUGUUCUUCUGUUUUACUUUGAAGUGACUAUGAAAUAUGCAAAAACCCAUCUUUAAAUGUUAAGUGUUGGAUUUGCAGAUAAUGUUUUAUAUUGACUAUACUAAAAAUUUCAAAAACUUAAAGCUUCAUUAAGCAUUUUUUGACCACUAGGGGCAGAAAGACUCCAAAACAAACUCACAGUACCACAGUAAGUCCAAUAUUCACUCUCCUUUAAACUCUGUUUUGGUCUUUACCAACUCCUGUGGGAAAUAUCUGUCUCUUCGGCUGCUAGAUGUUCAACUUUCUUCACCAGCUAAACUACUUGUUUAUUUUGGCCCUCUGCUGUUUGGUACUGGCUGAAAUACACUCAGCUUUUUGAUUUUAUCUGGGGGAGUUGACGGGGGCCAAACUGAUGUGCUAUAAGCUGUGUAGUACAGAGUUGGGUGUUAAUUCUCAGUGGGUUCAGCACUGUGAGUGACCCUUUCACAUUACACACAGUAAUUUUUAUCAAUUUUAAUAUCAAAAAUCUUGCUUAAUGGAGCUUUAACUCAUUACAUAAUUUCACAUUUAGUCUGAACAAGGUUUUGUUGAACAUUUUGCAUUUAAUGUAAGCACAAGAAGCUGGACUUUCAAAAGAAUAUUACUGUAUGUGGAACAUGUUUUUCCAAAGUAUUUCCUAAAUGGCUUUUUUGUGGUGGAAGAAGGUUCAGGAGAGAGAAAGCUAUUUAUUUAUUUUUUUCAAGGAUUUCCUCACAACCACCAUGCAUCUGACUGCAAUAGCAAGGACACAGUUUUGUGUUUUAAGCAAAGAAAUAGCUUGCAACUAUUCACACUCACUCCUGUGUGCCAAUGUAUAGUACAUGUAUAUAGCAUUGAGUACAUAAAUAUUUAUUGAAAAUUAAAGGGUUCUGCUUUGUUUUUACAGAAUGUGCAGUACCAGCUGGUCAAUAAGCUGCAGCAGAUAAACCAUUGAAAACUAAUCACAUUCAUGACAGCCUUUUUUUCAGCCACAUUUAAACAUUUUAAAGAGAUUUUUACUUAAAAAAAACAAACAUGAUAGACUAGAAAUUACAUUGUUUUUUGCAAACAGUUAGAUGUAAAUAUACAUGCUCAAUUUUGAGAUGUUUUACUUGUUGUCAGAAAGCUGUCUUUUCUCAGCUGUUUUGUAGAAGUUGUUAACAGAGCUGUUACAUCACAGCAACAUGUACUGACCAAAAAAAUGCUUUAUUUUAACUAAUAAAACAUAAAUAGUGUAGUACCAAUAAACCAGAAAAGUUCUUUUUUAUGCUGUUUGUAGUUAUCAGUAUUGUCUAACCAUUUUACAUUUCCCUCCCCUGAUCUUUUCACACCCUUUACUUGCUGCCUAUACAACAUUGCUGCUAAUGUUAUACAGAGCUUGUAAUGAUAAAUAGGGUAGUUGUAGAUGUUACAUUGACAAUCCCUGAGCCUCAGACAGAUAUUACUGCAUAGGAUUCUCCAUGUACUGUAUCGAUACCCCUGUGCUAUCCGUGCAUUGAAGUAUUAUGAUUGUCAGUCACUCUCUGCUCUAUUCGCUUUUCUAUGUAUUUGUGUAGAUUGAAGUGUACACUACUGAUGCUGUUUGUUGUAAUGGGGAGCACAUAGCAAUAAAAGAUAUGAUUAACUA